UUUUACACUUUAUUAAUAUUAGUUUAUAGCUAACCAAUCCGUUAAGCGUGUGUAUAAGUCGGUUAAAAUUUAUUUUGUGUGACUUUUGAAUACAUUAGCUAUCUGACACACGCUACGAAAGACGCUCGCAGCGUUAGCUCAAGCGUUGUACAGGAGUGUUAAAACAAUUAAAUGUGAUACUUCAUCAGAUGUUGUUUGUAAUUAUCCCAGUGGAUCACCAAUCCAAUGCAUCCCAUAUAUGUUUGUGUAAGGUUUGGUAGAUAUUGAAGAAUUUGGCCUAUAUUUUUAUACACAUCUCACAUGUGUAGGAGCGUAAUUAAGUGUCCACAGGUCAACUGCACAUGUCGAAAAGGAAAGUGACUUUUGAGGAUGGAGAUGGGGAGAUUACUUUGGAAGAUGUUCCAAAGAAAAAGAUCGUUGAUGGUGUGAGUGGCCCAGGAUCCAGAUUUAAGGAGAAACACUCUUUGGACAGUGAUGAGGAAGAGGAAGCAGGGGAAGGAGAAAAUAUCAGCAAAUAUGACAUCCUUGCCAAUGACGAUGUGGAAGGUCAGGAAAUGGCAACCAUUGACUAUGAUGAGGGGGUGCGCAUCACCCCUUUUAACCUCGAUGAGGAAAUGCAGGAGGGUCACUUUGAUUCAGAGGGAAACUAUUUUGUCAACAAAGAGAAAGAUAUCAGGGACAACUGGCUGGACAAUAUUGACUGGGUGAAGAUAAAAGAGCAACCUGUGAAAAAGAAGAAAGGCCUUGCAGCAAAGCGUAAGAGAAGGGUUGGUGAUGAAGAUGAAGCAGAGGAGGAGAUAAAACGAGAGCAGCAGCAGAAAGACAGUGAAGAAGAUGAGGAAGAGGAGGAGAAAGAGCCAGCAGAAGACCCUCUGGCUACAUACAGUCAUCAUCAACUCACAGAAGCCAUCAUUCAGCUGCUGCUGCCUGGAGAAACCGUGGCUGCUGCGCUGAGAAGACUUGGCGGUCUUGGGGGACAGAAGAAGAAGGGGAAACUGAGAGGAGAAGAGGAGGAAAAAAAAGAGACUUUUAACAGAGAUGCUGAUAAACUAGACAAACUGACAGCGUUGGCAGAUAGACUGGUGGGGAUUGGAGAAUUUGAAAUUUAUCAGCAGACGUAUGAAAAACUGGCCUACAAACUGAAGGGGUUGACUCCAGGAAAAGCAGCCAAAACGCUUGAGGAAAGAAAAGAGGAAGAAGAAGAGCUAGACAUGUUCGCUGAUGAGUUUGAUGAGAGGCAUGGUGCAGAAAAAGAUGAGGAUAAAGACAACAACAUAGUGAGUGAUGAGGUCAUGUGGGAGUACAAAUGGGACAAUGAGGAAAACUCUGAGCUUUAUGGGCCCUUCAGCAGCCAACAGAUGCAGGACUGGGUGGAUGAGGGCUACUUCAAGGAUGGAGUGUACUGUAGAAAGAUUGGCCAAGAAGGUGCCCCCUUCUACAACUCCAAGAGAAUAGACUUUGAACUCUACACAUGAUCUGUCUAUGAGUCAUAUUACUGAUUUUAUUUGAUUUCUUCUGCCCUUCUGAUAGGGCUUUCCUGAAUAAUUGUUUACUCUUCAAUAAUUGUUUUUUGUCUUAUGUACAAAUACACUAGUAUGUGUGCCUGUGUUUGAUACAUGAUGUGUUUUAAAAUAAAGACUUUUUCUGGCUGGAUCCAA